AUGAAAAUGCAGAUUUUAGUUGUACUCCUUGUUAUAUUGUGUGUUAGAGGUAAUGACAUUAAUGAGGUAUUAAAGUCACAUUAUUCUGUCAUAAAAUCAUAUGUCAAAAAUGAGAUUGAAAAUGAACGAGAAGUUAUCAAAAACAUCCAAAAAGUUAUUGAUGAUAAACAAAAACUAAAUGUUACUGGAAUUGCUAAAGUAAUACGUGACGAUGAAAUGAACUUAUUGGAAUUACAACUUACACAUGAAAAGAAUAUUAAAACAAUGUUUAAACAAUCAAAGGCUGAUAUUAAAGAAUGUCUAAAAGAAGAUUUAAAAAAUAGUAUGAAUUUAGAAUUUAAAAAAAUAAUUGAGAAAGAGUUAUUAAGACAAACCCAACGAGACACAAUGUACCAACAAAAAAUUAAUGAUAUUGAAGGAGAAAAUCAACAACAUAAACGAAUUGAAAUGUAUGCUUCUAUUAUUGGAAAAGAAAUAGAUUUUAUGAAAGGAACUGUUAGUGGAUGUCAUAAUAAAACAUGUUAUAGUAUUAAAGAUCAAUGUGAACAAAGAAAAGAAUUAUUACAAAAAACGUAUAAAAAGUUUGUUAAAGAAACAAUAAAAACAUUAGAAAAAUUGAUUGAAGAAAUGACACAAUUGAAAGAAGGAUAUGUAGAUACAUUACCAAAGUCAAAUGAUAAAGAAGGAAUAAUUUUAAGAAAAAGAAUAACAGAAAUUGAUAAAAUAAUUAAAGGGUAUGAGCACCAAAUUGUUGGAAUUAAAUCAAUUCAUAUGAAAAUUCUUGAUCAAAUUAAAGAAGAAGAAGAACAUAAACGAAGAAUCUUUUUAAAUAAAUUCCUUACUUCAACUGAUGAUGUUGAAAAAUCUAAAGAAGUUUUAAAUAGAAAACAAGUUGAACUUCAAGGAUUAGAAAAUAUUCUUGGUGCACGUCAUGUAUUUGUUGAAAAUCGAUAUAAACUUAUUCAAAGAAAAAAACAUCUUAAGAAAUUAAUUACACAAUUAAUGAACAUGCGUAAAAAUGUUUUAAUUCCAAGAUUUAUUAGAUCAAUUACACGAUAUGAACAUAUACAACAACAAUUAUUAAAUGAAAUAUCUCGUAAAAUUGCUAAAUGUUAUAGAAAUCUUCAAUCAUUAGACCGAGCAAGAAAAAGAAGAGAAAAUGAAAUUAAAACACUUAAAGAAGAUAUUAAAUAUGACACUACAUUAAAAAGUAAAAAUGCAUUAGAACAAAAAUAUAAAGAAGCAGAAAUAGAUAAAAAACAAAGAAUUAAAAUUGUUAAAAAAUUAAAUUCAAUUGAAAUUAUGAAAAGAGAUAUUCUCUUAGCACUUGGUACAAAGAAAAGAGAAUUUAUGAUGAAAAAGAUUAAUGGAAAAUUAGAGAGUAUUCGUAGUAAACUUGUUGAUGCAAAAAAUCGUGGGAUUGAAGCUAGAAUUAAAAUUGAAUCAUUAAAACCAUUAGAACCUACAUCAUGUAGAAUUAGAACAAUGAAAAAUUAUCAAGCUAUGUUAAAAAGAGCACAAGAAGAUCAAAUUAGAUUAAUUAAAGAAAGAAAUCAAAUUAUUUCUAUUAACAAAAAGAUUGUAAAAGAUCAAGAACAUUUCUUUAUUCUUAUUCUAAAGAAUUUGAAAAAAGAACUUAAGAGAGCUGAAAGCCAAAGAGAUAAAUUAGCAAAAGAAACAUUAUAUACUAUUGACAAUACAGAUAAAGCAGCUAAAUUAGAAUUAUUAGAAAAUACAAUUGAAUCACUUGAUUUAGCUAUUAGAAAAAGUGAAAAUAGAUUAAGAAGAUUAAGAAAACUUAUUGGACAUUUAAAAGAAACAAAAAAAUCUAUUUAUUGCAAAAAGAAUUGGAGAUGUAAUACCUGUUUACAUUUAGGAGAAUUAGCACAAAUUGGAGUUGUUGAACAUAGAGGAGAUGGAUGGACAAUGAACAAAGCUAAAGAAUAUUGUCAAAAGUUUAAAGGACAAAAGAAAGAAAUGUGUUUUAAAGAAGCAUUUGAUAUGUUUACAUCAGUAGCACAUACUUUUGAUCCAUUAAAAUUUGAUGCAAAAGCAGUUUGCAAACGAUUCAAUCAUUGCUAA